AUGAAGGCCACGAUAUACUUCGCUCUCUCAACCCUGUUCUUUGCAACUCAGGUGUUUACACAUGCAAACAAUCACCUACAUCGCAAGUCACCUGGCAUGUCAGAUAAAAAUGACGGUCCAGAGGCAUCACAACACCUUGAGAAGCAGGAGCCUGGAUACGUCCCGGAGCUCAUGACACCCAUCUCUUUACCCUCAGGGUUAGAUGGCUCCUUUUGUGCAGAUAAAACAGGAUUCUGUGGAUCAAAAGACGCCUGCUGUAGUAUGGGUGGGGUCUGUUGUCCUAGUGGUGGCUGCUGCAACGAGCCUGGUACUGGGUGCUUUCCUGACAAGGACGGGCGAACCCUCUGUUGCAAGGUUACCGAGAAGCUGUGUGGGAACAAGACCUGUAUACCGAAGAAUACAACUUGCUGCAGGAACGGAAGCUACUGUGAUGCUGGGAGUACUUGUGUUAAGGGCGGAUGUUGCAAAGCCGGUACGAUCUGUAACAAAAAGACGGGCGCAAAGUCGAGUGGCCCUGACACCAGGGCUAUCAAGCCGUCGAGACUCAAGGCGACUACGUAG